AUGGGCGCUGGCGGCCCGCGACGCCGGGGUGCAGGUCCCCCAGAUGGUGGCUGGGGCUGGGUGGUGCUGGGCGCCUGCUUCGUCAUCACUGGCUUCGCCUAUGGCUUCCCCAAGGCCGUGAGCGUCUUCUUCCGAGAGCUCAAGCAGGACUUCGGUGCAGGUUACAGCGACACAGCCUGGGUGUCCUCCAUCAUGCUGGCCAUGCUCUAUGGCACGGGCCCCUUGUCCAGCAUCCUCGUGACGCGCUUUGGCUGUCGCCGGGUGAUGCUGGCUGGUGGACUCCUGGCAUCCGCCGGCAUGAUCCUGGCUUCCUUUGCCUCACGCCUCCUGGAGCUGUACCUGACAGCUGGGGUGCUCACAGGCCUGGGCCUGGCCCUCAACUUCCAGCCGUCGCUCAUCAUGCUGGGACUCUAUUUCGAGCGGCGCCGGCCCCUGGCCAACGGGCUGGCAGCGGCGGGCAGCCCGGUGUUCCUGUCCACGCUGUCGCCGCUCGGCCAGCUGCUGGGGGAGCGUUUCGGCUGGCGCGGCGGCUUCCUGCUGUUCGGUGGCCUCCUGCUGCACUGCUGUGCCUGCGGGGCCGUCAUGCGGCCGCCACCAGGGCCCCCGCCCCCACCGCGCCCAGACCCCGCCGAGGACCGUGCGCCCUCCGGUGGCCGGGCUCGCCGGCGCCUGCUGGACGUGGCAGUGUGCACCGACCGCGCCUUCGUGGUGUACGUGGUCACCAAGUUCCUGAUGGCGCUUGGGCUCUUCGUGCCCGCCAUCCUGCUGGUGAACUACGCCAAGGACGCGGGCGUGCCUGACGCCGAGGCCGCCUUCUUGUUGUCCAUCGUGGGUUUCGUGGACAUCGUGGCGCGGCCGGCGUGCGGUGCCCUGGCGGGUCUGGCGCGCCUGCGACCCCACGUCCCCUACCUCUUCAGCCUGGCCCUGCUGGCCAACGGGCUCACGGACCUGAUCAGCGCGCGUGCGCGCACCUACGGCACCCUCGUGGCUUUCUGCAUCGCCUUCGGCCUCUCCUACGGCAUGGUGGGCGCGCUGCAGUUCGAGGUGCUCAUGGCAACCGUGGGUGCGCCCCGCUUCCCCAGUGCGCUGGGCCUGGUACUGCUCGUGGAGGCCGUGGCUGUGCUCAUUGGACCGCCCUCUGCCGGCCGCCUGGUGGAUGCCCUGAAGAACUACGAGAUCAUCUUCUACCUUGCUGGCUCUGAGGUGGCCUUGGCCGGAGUCUUCAUGGCAGUUGCCACCUACUGCUGUCUGCGCAGUAAGGAUGCCCCGUCAGGCCCAGCUGCUGCAGGAGGAGCCAGUGACGCCGAGGAUGUGGAGGCUGAGAGGGACUCUGAGCCAAUGCCUGCCAGCACCGAGGAGCCUGGCAGCCUUGAGACUCUGGAGGUGCUGAGACCCCGGGCUGGGUCCCCAGGACCAGAACCAGAGGUGGAGGCAGGGCCUGGGCUGGGUCAUGAGUCUGUGUAGACAUCAGGCAAGCGGCCAGCAGGCAUGAAAACAUGGCUUCCCCUCUGAGGGCCUGGUACACGGGGAGGCAGCCUGGGGUGAUCCCUUGGGUACCCCAUUGGCCAGGCCCUGUUCCCAGUGAAGCUGUUGUGAACUGAUGAGCACAAGCUGA